AUGAUCUUUGUGAAGUUCCUAGAAGAGCGCCCAUGGAAAGAAUCUCAGAAAGGAUCCCUGCUCUUUGAUGACCUCCCUCCAGCCAGCAGUACUGACUCAGGAUCAGGGGGACCUUUGCUUUUUGAUGAUCUCCCACCUGCUAGCAGUGGUGAUUCAGGUUCUCUUGCCACAUCAGUAUCCCAGAUGGUAAAGAAUGAAGGGAAAGGAGCAAAGAGAAAAACCUCUGAGGAGGAGAAGAAUGGCAGUGAAGAGCUUGUGGAAAAGAAAGUUUGUAAAGCCUCUUCGGUGAUCUUUGGUCUGAAAGGCUAUGUAGCAGAGCGGAAGGGUGAGAGGGAGGAGAUGCAGGACGCCCACGUCAUCCUGAACGACAUCACCGAGGAGUGUGGGCCCCCAUCAUCCCUCAUUACUCGGGUUUCAUAUUUUGCUGUUUUUGAUGGACAUGGAGGGAUUCGAGCCUCAAAAUUUGCUGCACAGAAUUUGCAUCAGAACCUAAUCAGGAAAUUUCCUAAAGGAGAUGUAAUCAGUGUAGAGAAAACAGUGAAAAGAUGCCUUUUGGAUACUUUUAAGCAUACUGAUGAAGAGUUCCUUAAACAAGCUUCGAGCCAGAAGCCUGCCUGGAAAGAUGGGUCCACUGCCACGUGUGUUCUGGCUGUAGACAACAUUCUUUAUAUUGCCAACCUCGGAGAUAGUCGGGCAAUCUUAUGUCGUUAUAAUGAAGAAAGUCAAAAACAUGCGGCCUUAAGCCUCAGCAAAGAGCAUAAUCCAACACAGUAUGAAGAGCGAAUGAGAAUACAGAAGGCUGGAGGAAAUGUCAGGGAUGGACGUGUCUUGGGUGUGUUGGAGGUGUCCCGCUCCAUCGGGGAUGGGCAGUAUAAGCGCUGCGGAGUCACUUCUGUGCCUGACAUCAGACGCUGCCAGCUGACCCCCAAUGACAGGUUCAUUUUGCUGGCCUGUGAUGGGCUUUUCAAAGUCUUUACACCAGAAGAAGCCGUGAACUUCAUCUUAUCCUGCCUCGAGGAUGAGAAGAUCCAGUCCCGGGAAGGGAAGCCUGCUGUUGAUGCCCGCUACGAAGCAGCCUGCAACAGGCUGGCCAACAAGGCAGUGCAACGGGGCUCAGCCGACAAUGUCACCGUGAUGGUGGUGCGGAUAGGGCACUGAGGAACAGUGCGCCGCCAGGAGCACGCAUGGUAUUGACUUAAGAGGUUCAUUUUGUGUGUGUGCACAUUCUGUGUGUUUUGUGUACUCCUGUGGGAUUCCCAUGGUUGUAAAUAAAGGUUUCUUUUUUUUUUUUUUU